UUCAUCCGCCAUGUUGUAAACAAAGCUAUCCCGCACUUAGUAAUCUCAAUACUUGAAAAACGAUUGGAUAAAAUAUUUUUUGAUGUUGAAAAAAACUAAAACAAUUACGGAAAGGAAACGCCACUCCGUAAUAGAGGGGAGUAGAAGUAGCUGGUGGUAAGAUGACAACACAUAUCACAGAACGAUUGAAUCAAAUACACAAACUUUGUGAGAAAGAAUUGAUAUCAAAUGAUGAUAAUGUGUUGAAGCAAUUGAAGGACCAAUGUACCCGGUACAUUGAUGUUUGUAAAAAAACACCAAGUGAAGAGAGUUUGAUUGAGCUUCUGAAACAAUAUGCUCAGAUUGUUCUAGAUUACACUUACAUUGAUGAAACCAAACUUGUAGAAGAACUAUUUCCACAAGACACUUGUAAAGAAAGGAUACACACCAUAUUUGUUUGGAUAGAUACAAUAGAAGAACUUGUAAAGAAAUGUCUCCCAGAAACAUCAAUGGUAGACUGUUUGGGACAUGAAUUAGUGGAGUGUAUUAAUUGGAGGAAGGGUGCUUUGUUAUAUAUGUUAUGCAGUACAAUCAAAGGUGAUAAUAACAGAGAAGACCAGAUAAAUGAUGAAUUUUAUGUGAAUGUAAAGCAGGGUAUAGAGAACUUACAGCAGAUGUUAACAGGUCGUACCAAUACUUCUGAAUGGGAGGGUGAUCAGGAUGCUGUUAACUUAGUAAACAUGGGUAUAUACAGUGACACACACUUACUAAGUAUGAUGUAUGCUGGGGAAAUGUGUUAUUGGUUAUGUAACAAACCAGGACAAAGCACUUCUGACUUUAAUCCAAAGGUUAUAGGACAAGAUUUACUAUCAAAAUAUAUUGCAUGUGCAAAAAUGCCAGUUAUGCAUGGAUGGUCAACAGAUAAAGCCGAAGAAUUUCUAAAAGUUAUGUCAUCAUGAGUUGAAUACAUAUUUUUAACUUUAGAUUUUAACUGUGUUUGUGAGAAAAAAAAGUAAUUGAUUUGGUGAAGUAUGGUGGUCAGACAGGCAAUGGGUGGGCAACAGGCUGGCCAGCAGUGCUAACUGUUUCUGUGCAAUAACUUUUGAACUGUACAACCAAUGCUUUUCAAAAUUUAGUAUGAUUAUACUAAAAACUUUUAUUGAGAAAAUUGUAUGUCAAAAUAAAUAAAAAGUCGCAAAAAAUAAAAGUUGUAAAUGGUAGA